AACUUUCUAUGCUGAUCAUUUAUUGUUUUUAUUCUAUUAUAGGUUCAGGUCCAGUUCCAUACAGCCUUAGUUUAGACGAAAAGUAAAAUAAGCAAACGAUAGAGAGAGUGAUUUUAGGAAACUUAUCUUCUUGAACUACAACCGCAACUCAGUAAUAACGAAGGUAUUGGACACUCAGGUCAAGUGUCUCAAGCCCGUUAUGAAACGAAAAACUCCUCCUUCCCCCAAUUAGCAUAUGUCAGAUGUGGGAGACAGCAGGAUGGAAGACCUGCCUUCCCUUUCCCCUGCAGUAGAUGAAAUUGGUGAAUAUUACUUUGAGUCAGAUCCUCUGGCAUUGAAAGGCAACCCAGACUACCAGCUGCUCAUGAAGACUUUAGUAAGGCUUCAAGCCCAGAGGGGCAAGGCAGUUCGGGACAUGGAGCGUUUGCAAGAAAUGCGUGAACAGGCACUUCGUGAUCCCCUACAUUUUGUGACUGCCCUCCAGAAUGGUGAAAACCUAAAUCUUCCAGGGCCCCAGGAGAUUGUGCAGAUACCACACAUUGACUGGGAAAAAUACAACGUCCAGUCAAUCAUGCAGGGUAUGAGGCCCAAGACAAGGAAACGCAUCUUGCAGGAGAGUCAGCAGACCCAACCAGACAGCAGAGAACCAGCCAGCUCAGACAAGAUCAUGGUGCGAGGUCGUAUCUACGAUGAGAGCAAACCCCAGACAUUUAACCAGUCAUGGACAGAUGAAGAGCAACGCAAACUGGAAGAGCUUUUGAUUAAAUACCCUGAUGAAACUAUUGCCUCCCAUCGAUGGGUUAAAAUAUCCAGUGAACUUGGAACCCGAACACCUCUCCAAGUUCAGAGUCGAGUGCAGAAAUACUUCAUUGCCCUGAAACGAGGUGGAUUACCUGUUCCUGGUAGAAAUCCACGAACAGCUGUUUUAAGAAAACAGGGUGCACGCAGGAGAUCUGUCCUCCAUGCAGUAACUCCUAGUCGGUCUUCAAGCUUCAUGAAAGCUUUUAACAUGUAUGAAGAAGAGAAAGAUUCCAUCCCUUCAGAUGUUUUAAACUGUGCAUCUCAAGGAUAUUUAGAUGAAGUAUCGGAUGAAGAGGAUUUGUCUGAAGAACUGAGGAACAGUGAAGAAUAUCAAGAAUUGCUUAGACUGAAGCAGGUUCAGAGAUACAAGCAGAAAGAAGUGGAUACUGGCAUUGUAGUUCACCCAGGUUUUAGUUGUGAUGUAUGUGGAGUAGACCCCAUUAAAGGACCUCGAUGGCACUGCGUCCAGUGUCCAGCAACCACAAGUGUUGAUCUCUGUGAGAUGUGUGUCAAAACAGACUUUUCUACUGACAGUCAUCAGCCAACUCAUGUUCUCCAGUGCUUCAAAGCCCUCUGUGUUAGAGACACUGUUGUAUCGUAGAACUAAGUUAUAAUUCCAGCUGUAUCAUGAUUCACAAAAUAAAGUUUAUUUUUUAUUCUUUUA